AGCAAACGACAAAUUCUAUUCUACGUGUUACCUACCUGAAUACACACGCACCCUGCCAUGUUGAUGAUUAUUCGUUCCGCGCUCUUGCUGUGUCUAUUGGCCGGUAGCAGCGCCGCGUUCGCCAUCGAACAGCCCAAGGCGGCUGUUCACCAGGCCGUCACGAUGAGCCCAGGUGGUGCAAUAUCGCUUCCCCCGGCUCCAGUGUCGGUGCUGGAUCUUAAACCUCCCGCAGCGCUUUACGAAGGUGCCGUCGCUGCCGGCGUCGCCAAGGCCAGCGCUAGCUUCGGCAAAAUCUUCAAACUCGGCAUCGUUUCCGGCUGUCAUAUUGGCUUCGGCGCGUAUUUAGCGAUCGCGGUUGGUGGUGCGUGUCCCGGAUUGGCACAAACUAAUCCCGGUCUCCAGAAAAUUGUCAUGGGGGCUUUUGGUUUGCCCUUUGGUCUGAUCAUGACGCUCGUCACGGGUGGUGAACUUUUUACCGGAAACACCGCCCUCGUCACGGCCGCCAAGAUGGAAGGCAAGAUCUCGCAAAAGGCGCUCGUCAAGAACUGGACGGCGAGUUACGUGGGUAACUUCGUCGGCUCCUUGAUCUUGGCCUACUUGGCAUACAAAAGUGGAACCUUGGGUGUCGCUCCCGGUGCCACUAAUAUUGCGCUCGCCAAGUGCUCCGUUGCCUGGGACGUCGCCUUUGUCCGCGGUAUCCUGUGCAACUGGUUGGUUUGUAUGGCUGUCUAUAUGGCUUCCGGUUGCUCGACCUUGAUUGGAAAAAUGACCGCCGUCUGGUUUCCCAUCUCGGCCUUUGUGGCACUCGGCCUCGACCACUCAGUCGCCAAUAUGUUCAUCAUUCCCCUCGGCAUGCUAAGGGGCGCCGACAUUACUAUCGCACAAAUGUUCGUCAAGAAUCUCAUCCCCGUCACCCUCGGCAACAUUGUCGGCGGUGCGGUGGCCGUCAUGGCUCCCUUUGGACUCUCUUACGGAAAAUGGUUCCAAAAUAAGGACCAACUGUAAACAUCGGCUCGUUGGCUUGUUUGACGUGUACCGAACACAUCGUACAUAGGAUUUUUAAGAGACCAGGUUUCGACUAAAAAUGCUGCCGUAUUUU